AAAAAGCCAACGGGUUGUAUGCACGGGUGGCAACCAUAGCCGACCGCCAGCUGGAGGUAUGCAUGCGGUUGGGUGCAAAGCGACCUGGAUUGUCUCACUUGGGAGCCUCCUCGCCCCUCCUGCACCUCCCUCCCGCAGGAAGGGCUUUCAUCGACCAUGUUCCUGCUGGUCCGCGCUGCAGCGAACAAAUCUAUUGUUCGAGUGCGCGCCGCAGAUGACGCUGGUUCGUCGCCGCUAUAGCCUGUCUGGGUUGCUGCCUCUCACUCCCUGUCGGCUCUGGUCGUCGCGUGCAUACACCGCACCCUGUGUAUCCCUGAUCUCGAGGUUUCGCUGACGCAAGAAAACAGAACCCAGCAUAGAGUGACUUGAUCCUGCAGUCUAUAGCCCGCCCUUCUUUUCGCUUCACACAACGUUCCUUCGCUUCAUUCAUCUCAGUCUACCGGCCGUUCGUUUCGCUUCGAGAUCCCCUCUCCCACC